AUGACGACCACAGCCAUAACAAUGACCGAACCUGUGGGCCUCCCGCCCAGCAGGUAUCUCUGCCUAACGAUUCUAGGCUUUCGAAAGCCCGGGAUCAGUGAAGAAGCGUAUCGCCAGCAUAUGAUUAAAGUAUCGGCGCCAUUGACAAAGGAUCUCAUGGUCAAGUAUGGAGUGAAACGAUGGACGGUUAUACACAACCCCACGAAAACUCGCCUCCUGAUGAAUCGAAUCCUCGAUCCCCAGAUGUCAAAUAUCGCGGAUUAUGAUAGUUUCAGCCAGGUAGUGUUUGAGAGCAUCGAUUACUAUAAGAAAAUGAAAGAGGACCCCUACUACAAGGAGCAUUUGUUUGGCGACCAUGAGAAGUUUGCCGAUACAAAACGGAGCCAGAUGACAAUUGGAUGGAUUGAAGAGUGGAUCAAUGAUGGCACUACGCGCAAUGGCUUGGAGUUUCCCAGUGAUGCCCAACAGAGAAUAUCUGAGAUGACUGCUUUGAAUUCUGGCCUGCUGAUUAUGACUGUUUUCCUUGGGGCUUAUGUAUUCUUCUCGCGGUCGCUUAACUCAUCUUAG